GGGCCGCAUGCGUGCAUGGAUCCGGGCGCCGCGCUGCACAGGCGGCCCGCGGGCAGCGGCGGGUUGGGCGCGGGCUCCCCGGCGCUGUCGGGCGGCCAGGCCCGCCGGCGCAAGCAGCCCCCCAGGCCGGCCGACUUCAAGCUGCAGGUCAUCAUCAUCGGCUCCCGCGGCGUGGGCAAGACCAGCCUGAUGGAGCGCUUCACCGACGAUACUUUCUGCGAGGCCUGCAAGUCCACCGUGGGUGUUGACUUUAAGAUCAAAACCGUAGAGCUAACAGGAAAGAAAAUUAGGCUACAGAUCUGGGACACGGCAGGUCAGGAGAGAUUCAACAGCAUUACCUCAGCUUAUUACAGAAGUGCCAAGGGGAUCAUAUUAGUCUACGACAUCACUAAGAAGGAGACAUUCGAUGACUUGCCGAAAUGGAUGAAGAUGAUCGAUAAGUACGCUUCGGAAGACGCGGAGCUUCUCUUAGUUGGAAAUAAGUUGGACUGUGGAACUGACAGAGAGAUCAGCAGACAGCAGGGUGAAAAGUUUGCACAGCAGAGAGCCGGGAUGCGGUUCUGUGAAGCGAGCGCCAAGGAUAACUUCAACGUAGACGAGAUCUUCCUGAAGCUUGUUGAUGACAUCCUGAAAAAGAUGCCCCUGGACAUGCUCAGGAACGAGCUGUCCAACAGCAUCCUCUCAUUACAACCCGAGCCCGAGAUCCCCCCAGAGCUGCCCCCGCCCAGACAACACGUGCGAUGCUGUUGACUCGCCGCUUUGGAGGCGAAGUGGGAGUGAUUCCUGGACAGGGAGAAGGUCGCAUUCUGCACUACAAUCAUUUUGACAAUUUCCUCUCGCACUUUGUAAUCCACGUCAGAGCUAUACACUAACUUGUAAAUAUGCAGAUAUGCAAUCCUGG